AUGUAUACACUCUGCCAAGGAAUAUGGAAGCAUCUCACGGAAAAAAAGAACUAUUUUAUCGUCAUAGUUGGUCUCGAUAAUGCUGGUAAAACGACUUUCCUUGAGCAAACAAAAAUGAAGUUCACGCGAGGAUAUAAGAUGUUAAAUCCGUUAAACAUUACUAGUACAGUUGGUUUGAACGUUGGCGAAAUUGAAGUUGGUUCAAUGAGGUUGAAUUUUUGGGAUUUAGGAGGGCAAGAAGAUCUUCGUUCUCUCUGGCAUCAGUACUUUGAGGACUGUCACGCUUUAAUUUUUGUAGUUGACUCUUGCGAUGUUGGAAGGUUUAAAAAUGUUGCUAAAACAUUUGAGAAAAUCAUGGACAGUGAAACAGUUCAGCAAAUGCCAGUUCUUGUUGUGUGUAACAAAAGUGACUUAGAGGAUUGCGCCAGUGUUGAAGAAAUAAGUCGCUUAACUACUGACGAUCGUCAUAUUGGAGACUUCGCAUUGGUGCCCGUAUCAGCGCUGCAGGGCUUAAAUGUAAAUAGAUGUAUACGGUGGUUGUGCGCAGCACUGAAAAAAUCAAACUUACCGACUUUGUAG